AUGCCUGAUACGCUACAUGAACUUCCGGAGACGUUUGGUAAUUUGCAGUCACUGUUGACCCUUGAUGUAUCAUAUAGGCAGAUCAACAAAUUGACAUACUCGAUUGGAGGGCUGGUGAAACUUACGCGGUUGGAUUUAUCUAGCAUAUACAUAAAGGAACUUCCAGAUUCGAUUGGGAAAUUACAAUCAUUAGUUGAGUUGGAUAUGUCACGGACGAGAAUUUGUCACCUACCUGAUUCAAUCGGCAAUCUAAAGCAACUGAAGGUACUAAGGAUGAGAGGCAUAAGAAGGAUAACCAAAUUGCCAAGUGCGAUUGGGCUGGUGGAGAAGCUCGAAGAGCUGGAUGCUCGCGGAUGUUGCAACUUGACCGGUGAAAUCCCCGAAGAAAUUGGGAGAUUGUCCCGUUUGAGGAUCCUAGACUUGUCAACCACACGUAUAUCCGGAUUACCCACCACGGUGAGUCACCUCUCUAAUCUCCAAAUACUUAAGCUAGAUGAAUGUCCCGAGCUGAAACAAUUGCCGAAGCUUCCCCCAAGUUUGACUUGGCUGAUAUGGAACCCUCAUUAUUUCCGGUGUCCCCCCUGGACAGCCGGCUUCGGUCCCACUAGAAUUGGUGCCCCAUCUCAACAGGGAACACUAGUCACCACUCUUCCCACUAGCAUCGGUACCCUAUCUCAGCUUAAAUCACUAUCAUUGUCCUGCAAAAACUUGCAAUUCCUCCCCCGGCUCCCGUCUAGUUUAAGAGAGUUACGACUUCGAGAUAUGGUGACCACACGAUCACCGGAUUUUUCCAAUUUGAAAAACUUGUCAAUCUUGAAAUUCUAUCAAUGUUCGCUAAAACUCUCGAGUAUAUUUGAUGCGGAGUCGGAGGAACUCCAUUUGAAGCACUGUAAGCUUAUAAAACUGGACUCACCGUCGCAGCCGAAAAUGAAAAGAUUGAGAUUAUUAGAGAUGGCUGCUUGUGAGUUCCUUCCAGAAGUACUUGAUCUGUCGCGCAUGAAGAAUCUAUGCGAGGUAAGUCUGACACGUUGCCAUUCAUUAGUCGAGAUUCGUGGCCUUGAAGAAUUGGGAUCCCUUUGCUCCCUAUCAGUCGAUGAAUGCCCUUCCCUGGAGAGGAUGUCAGACCUAUCGAAAUUGAAAAAGCUACGGAAGCUCGUGGUAAAAUAUUGUCGUAAUCUAAAAAGAGUGCAAGGUCUAAACCACUUGGGGCCUUUAAAGACGCGGAGUAUCUAUGGUAAUGGAGAGUUUGGAGGUGAUACCUCAAACGUUGCCGCCGCGUCCGCCGUCACACAAAGAAUUCCCAUUGGCGGCUCCGAUUCCUAG